AAGCCUGGUGCGUCAGAUCCUUACGUCGGACACCUACAGGAAGUUGCAUGCGUGAUGACGUCACGUGCAGCGGAUGCUAGGUGACCUAAACAGAGACAUUUGCCGGGAAACUUUCUCCUGUUUCAGUCCAGAUUAAAGUGACUCCUGCGGCUGUUUCCACUGUCUAACCGGCCCAAAAUCUGUCGGCUGAAUGAACGAGUGCCGAGAAACUGAUGAGGAUAUACAAAUGGAAAUGGACGAUAAUGGCCUGCAGACCCCUCGCUGUGAAACAAGAUGGUCACAGCAACUGUCAGGCCUCCCUCCCAAGCUCCUGCAGCGUCUGAUGCCUUUCCAAUUGGAAGGAGUGGAGUUCGCUUUAUCUAAGAAUGGACGAUGCAUGAUCGCUGAUGAGAUGGGUCUUGGGAAGACGGUGCAAGCCAUUGCUGUUGCGUACGCCUACAGGAAGGAGUGGCCCCUGCUGGUGGUGGUGCCCUCGUCCCUGAAGUAUCCGUGGAUCGAGGAGCUGGAGAGGUGGAUCCCCGAGCUGCAGCCUGGAGACAUCAACCUGGUGGAGAACAAGAGCCACACCAUGGGCAUCAGCAGCAGCAAGGUGACGGUGCUGGGUUACGGCCUCCUUACUACAGAUGCUCGCCCCCUGGUGGAGGCUCUGAACCGGCAGAAGUUCGCCGUGGUCGUGGUGGACGAGUCGCAUUACCUCAAGUCCAGGAACGCAGCGCGAACAAAGAUCCUGGCGCCUCUCAUCCAGAGCACCAAGCGGGCCAUCCUGCUCACUGGGACUCCUGCUCUGGGUCGACCUGAGGAGCUUUUUAUGCAGAUUGAUACCCUCUACCCAAAGAGGUUUGGAACAUGGACCGACUUUGCCAAGAAAUUCUGCAACGGCCAUUACAGGUAUUUCGGGGCUCGCCGGCAGUGGGACGCUCGCGGAUCGUCCAACCUUUCGGAGCUUCACCAGCGCCUGAGUGAAAUCAUGAUCCGUCGUCUAAAGGCCGAAGUUCUCACUCAGCUGCCCCCCAAAAUCCGCCAGCGAAUCCCCUUCGACCUGCCUAAGGACGCUGCAAAGGAGGCCUCAGCCAGCUUCGCAGAGUGGGAGCGAUUGAUGAAGGGACUGGGGUCGGGGGUCAUCGGCACGGACAGCAACCCCUUCACACAGGUCAUGAGCCUGGUCACACGGAUGUACAAGCAAACUGCGAUUGCCAAGGCGGGAGCUGUGAAGGACUACAUUAAGAUGAUGCUGGAGGCGGAGCAGCUGAAGUUCCUGGUGUUCGCCCACCACCUCACCAUGCUGCAGGCGUGCACCGAGGCCGCCAUCGAAGCCAAGCGCAGUCAGUGAGUCCUGUGAGACGAUGGAGGAUCAGCCGCCCUCAGAGUCAGGUUUCCUGCAGGCCGUGGACAGUGACGGCGUCCCUCUGUGUCUCUCCUGCCAGCAGCACUGCUCCACCACCGGGGGGGCCUGGGACACCCGCUUCUGCAGCCACAAGUGCCAGGAGGAGUUCCAGUUGCGCUCCAGCCAGACGUACAUGCGCUCUCGUGUGCUGGAGGCGGAAAAGGGCGUCUGUCAGCACUGCGGCCUCCAAGCACACGAGUUGUUCCUCAAAGUACGGGACGCCCCGCCCGACCGGCGCAAGGAAAUGCUGGAGAGCACUUGGCUCGCGCAGAUGUCACUCAAACAGCUGAACGUGAUGAUCCGCGCCCCGGUCGAAGGGGAUUUCUGGCAGGUGGACCACAUCCGGCCGGUGUACAGCGGAGGAGGGCAGUGCUCUCUGGAAAACCUGCAGACUCUUUGCACCGUCUGCCACAAAGCGAGGACGGCUCAGCAAGCCAAAGAACGGAGCCAGGAGAAAAAGAGCGUUGCAGCCUCCAAGGUUGCAUCAGACAUCAGCAGGUUCUUCUUCAGGAAAUGAGACUGUAAGGGCUUUCUGACAGCGAGGAUGAAGAUGCAUCAUGAUCUUUCAAUGGCAACAUUCACAUUUAAGUAUUAGCAACGCCAUUCACUGACAGAUUAGAAUAAAAAGGCCGGAUUCCUUCAAAUCCCUUCUUCAAUUUCUGAUGAAAUGCUGCACCUGUGGAGAUUUACUGUAAAAACUAUGAAGACUGCAUUAAAUGCUAAUUCAGCUCCGCUCUCGCCCCCGAAACGUCACCCGUGCGCUACUGUCUGAUUUAUUACGGCCCCAUUUCACUCGAGGCUGAAAUGGAGCAGGUUGUUUAGAGAGCUAUUUUAAGAUUGUGCAAACUUAGUGAAAAGUAGCAGGUGACAAAAAAAAAUGGGGGCUUUGUGAUUUAAACUAGAAAAACACAACGUCCUCAUUCGCGCCCUCAACAUGUGGUGCCUCUUCCUUUUUGGAAGAUGGAUGAACGCUCCCUGUUGAAAUAAAAAGUCUAUUUCCA